CAUGCGCCGCCAGCCUGGAGCACUCAACAUGGCUGCAUUAUGGCAUCAGAUCUGUCUCUCAGUAUUACUGAUUGCAGCCAUCAGCUGUAAGAAAGAUCAACAAAAACUCUUCUCCAACUUCAAACGGUGCAUGGAUGAGGAAUGUAGCAUGCUGAUGUGUCGAGGUAAAGCUUUGCAGGAUUUCACGGGUCCCGACUGCCGUUUCCUGCGGUUUAAAAAGGGUGAAACGAUUUACACCUAUUAUAAAUUAGCAGGGGAAAGGAACGAUCUAUGGGCUGGAAGUGUUGGGAGUCAGUUUGGAUAUUUCCCCAAAGAUCUCAUUGAAGUAAAUCUAGUAUACUCAACUGAUGAGGUGGAAUUGCCUGCUGAGGAAACUGAUUUUGUUUGUUUUGAUGGAGGACCUGAUGAAUUUGAUUACGUAGACCUUGAUCAUCUGACACAAGCAAAUAGAGAAACCAUGUUCAAUGAAGAAAAGUCAGAAUCACAUAUCGUAACAACACAUGGUGCAACAAAGAAGAGAGAUGAAGAUACUGGGCAGGGAGUUCCAGCUCCCAAAGUGCCUGAAAAUAAUUUGCAAGAAAAUAAAGCAAGAGAUGAUAAAGAGGCAGUUAAUUUUGUAGGCCGGAGUCUCAGUGACUCUCCAUCAGAAAUUAAAGACAAGAGAGAUGAAACUGUAGAUAAUGAAGUAAAUGAUGAACAAAUUCUUCACGUUGAAGAUGGAGUAUCUGAAGGAAAACCUGCUAAUGUGGGUGAAAAUGCUUCCUCUUUGGAAGAGCAUCCGACUGAAGAGGAUGGUAGUAGCCACGUUAAAGUGAGCGCUCGUUCUCAAUCAAGUUCUCAGGGGAUCCAAACCUCACCUCUAAAAGAAAAUGAGGACCUAAGUGAUGACACUGAAGACACUAGAGUUUCUUGGAGUGAAGCUGAACUGUUGGAUACCGGAGAACAAAGAUCUCAGAAAGAUAAAAGGGAAGAUGUAUUUGAACUUGAGGGAUCUUUGAAAUUAGAAACAACAUUUGGAUCAACAAUGGAUGCAAUUGUGGUCGAUGACGAAAUGAGUAGCAAAGUGACCAUGCUCGAUGAACUUCCUGUAUUUGAUUUUGAGCUGCAGAAAGAUGAGUUAGUUGAAUCACCUGAGAAAGUCGAUCCUGAGGAGAUAGCUCUGCUAACAUAUUCUGAUAGUAAAUAUCAACAGCAGCCAGAGCUUCCAGAGGAAGACCAUAACCAGGAUGACGAUGUUGAUGAAGAUCAUGCUGUAAAAUCUGAUGAAACUAACUAUACAGCUGUUGCUGAGGAUGUUAAUCUUGCAAUGACUUCUGUCAGUCCAGGAAAGGAGCAAUUAGUAGAUGAAGUAAUGGAAGAAUCUGUCAGUAUUAGAGGUGAGGGUGAUGAAAAGCUUCAAGCAGGAAAUUCAGAAGGUGAAAACAGUCAAAACGGAGGAUUGUGGACUACUCUUGGUGACACUUUCAAUUCAGUUGUAAGAGGAGGUGAAACAACAUCAAAGAUUAUAGCCCCUCACAAUUCUGAUUCCAAAGACAUUCAGAAAGAUAUGAAUUACAGAAACACUGAAGAUUCAGGUGAAAAUGAUUUGGUGAAUACAUCAGAGAAAGAGGUUGAGGAAAAAAUUGUGAAUACAGCUGCAGAGCUAAUAGAAAAUGAUGCAGUGAAAGAGAGGUCUCGUGUAACAAUGGAAGGUUAUGAAAUGGGGGAUACAAUUGAAACUUUUGCUAGGACCUCUGAAACUGAUAAUUUUGAAACACAUUUUAAGGAAAAUGAAGGUGCAGAGCAGGAUCAAGGUGUUAUGUCCAAAGCUGAAAAGCAAAUUUCUGGACUAGAGAGAAAGCAUGGGCUGAAAACAAAUGGCUCAACUUUUACUGGGGAAGCUGACACUAAUGAUUUGUUAAAAAUGCCAGAAAAGGAUAACCAGACCAGAAAAAUUGAACUGCAAACUGUAAAGCAUUCUAGUACUGAAGAUAAAUCAGGAGCCGUGCCAAAUCAAGGUUCGCAAAAGUUAAUGCAUUUACAACAAGAACCUGAAAUGGAAAAAUUGAUUGGCUCUGAGUCAAAAUGGUCCAGAAAUAUAUCUGCUGAGAUCUCACAUAGUAGAAAUGAGGAGUUGAGAUCACAAAAUCAAACACAACUAGUAAUAAAUAAGCCAUUUUCUGCUGAGGACCUCAAUGACAAAGAACCGCAUGACACAAAUCAAGCCAAGGAACAUGUUGCAAGCCCCAGAGCAACUAAUGAGAAGGUAGAAGGCCUUGAAAUGAUAAAUAAAGAAUUAAAGGAUCUUGAAGAAUCUGAUUCGGCAAAGAAUAACCAGGGAGAUGGAAGUCUGUCUUCAGAUGAUAGUAAUUCAAAACUGACUGAAGAUGAUAUUUCAGACCAAUUACAGGAAGAAAAGAAGGAAGAGGACAUUGAAAUUCUGGAAGAUUUCAAUGCGGUUGAUGAGCCAGAAGAGUUGUUAGAAGAUGAAAAUGCUGCAGAAGCCGGAAUGGCACAAAAUAUUCAUUCUAAUACCACUGAUGAUGAAGAAGAAAUUUCAGAUGGUAAAGAUUUAGAUGAUGAAGACGUACACUUAGAAGAGGAAAUGAAUACAGUGGAGCCAGAGGAUCAGGAAGAUAAUACAGAUAUCCAAAAGGAAAUUCUUGUAGAAAAAGAGCACAAAGAACACAGCAAACUUGCUCACACUAUUCAAGUAGUGCCAAAAAAAAUUGAAAGCCAAAGAGAAUUAGAACCCCACCUCAGGCCUGUGCAAGAGAGUGCUCUGAAUGUGGAUAAUGAAGAACAGUCUCAGCAUCUGAAAGAUCAGACUGAGAUGUCACAGAAGGGUGCGGGCAAGGGUCAUAAAACUGAUGAGAGCAUGGUGGAUGAGAGUACACAAUCAGAAAUGUACUCCAGUGUUGAAACUACAUUAAACCCCUUUGAAGUUGAAAUCAAGGCUAAAGAGCCUGUUCAUCAAAAAACAGAUAUCAGGUCAGAGAACAAAGGUUCAAGGUAUAAUGAAGCAGUGGAACAACUUACGAUUUUGAAAGGCUACUUAGAUGAAAAGAGUUUUAAACGUUUGUAUGUAUAUCUUGAUCCACAGCAGGUUCUAGAACUAGAAGCUGUGCUUCAUGAUUUGGAAGAUGAACUAAGGCUUAGCAAGUUGUCCAGAAUCAAUGAGGAAGACAUUGAAAAAACUCUUGACCGAAUAUUGGAGGGAUCUGAGACAAGGAUUCUUGAUAUGGUGGAGAAUAUGUUAGAUAAAAGACAGAACCACUGGCAGAUUGAGGAAGAAUCACAAGAAAGCGAUGGGGAGUCAAUGCUUAUGAAUGAUCUCCAGGAGCUUAUAUUUCAAAUAAGAGAAAAGUCCUCAGGCAACAAUGAGAGUGUUGCACUCACUCCUCGAUUGGAAAUACCGCAAGAAAACCAAGAUUUAUCCAGUGGAUUAUUAAUUGGCAGCAACCAGGAAGAUCAAGAGAGGGAAGCUGCUGAAGCACAGCAAGGAGAGAAGAAUGAUGGUGAGCCAGUGAGAGGAUUGCAUUCUCCAGUCUUCACCAAAGAUGCACUACAUUCUGCAAGAAACCAGGAAGAAGAUGAAGGUGAAAGGCCAUGGGCAGAGAUGCAAUCUGGAAACCUUUCAGAGAAUGCAGCCUAUCCAGAGACAGAGGAGGAUGAACAGUUAGUGAGUAGUUCAGAGACUGUCAAAGAGACAGAGAAAGAGCAUCCAAUUUCAGAGAGCAUGACAGGCCAAGAGGAGGAGGCACCAGGAAUUGAACCGUCUUCCUCAAAUUUUACUGAGAUUGGUCAAACACCAAAGGAUUUGAAAGGUAAUGAAGAGGCAUUAGGAACAUCAACUCCAAAAAUUAAAAGGAGGGUAGAAGAGAAUCAGAAAGAAACUUCUGAAUGGAACAAGCUCAAAGAGCAUGAGGGAGAAGCAUCUUCUCCAAGUGUUGGAGGGAAAUUGGAUGGGGGUGAUAAGGCUUGGACAGGACUGAAUAUCCUGAACAUUAGUGAGGGAGGAGAGGAGCCCCAGAAGGGACCUUCUGAUGUGAUGUUUGAAGAGAACGUAGCACAGUCCUAUGGAGGAGAUGUUGCAGAGGAGAGUUUGCUGAAAGGAAAGCAACAGGAGGUGAAAGCAACGGGAGAUGGUGCUAAAUUUGGCCACUUGGAGACAGAAAUCGACACUCAUUCCAUCCUGGAUAACCGUGUGGUAAUGGACACGAGUCAGCUGCAAGAGAGAGGUCCAUUCCUAUCGUGGACUGUCACGGUGAUGGAUGCUGUUGUCCUGUUCAUCAAGGGUAAUGUGUGGCCUGUCGUUCAAUCUCUCUCAGGACAUCUCAUUUCCUCUUUGCCUGAAGAAAUGAGGCCAGGUCCUGAUUUCUAUGGAGUUCCCUGGGAGCCCAUCUUGAUGACUUCUAUUAUAGGAAUCAUUACUUUUGUCAUCUUUUUAUGGAGAACCUGCCUUUCAGUGAAGAGCAGAAAAUAUCAAAUGACUGAAAAACAGCUAUCUGAGAAAAUCAAACAGCUUAUUCAGGAGAAGACUGAGGUCUUGGAGAAAGUGUCCAUUUAUGAAAAGAAGCUGGAAGAAGCCAAAUCUGCCAUUGAUGAAGCACAGAAUGUGAAAUCAACUAUGUCUGAUGAAGCUAAAGAACUUAAGUUGUCUUGUGGGGAGCUCGAGCAGGUGAACCUUCAUUUGGAGACGCGUGUGAAAAAUCUUGAGACAUUGGUAGAAAAAGAGAAGGAGGAGACAGCUAAACAGCAGACUCUGAUUGCUGAUACUCAGAAAUCUGUGAAAAAAUUACAAGACGUUAUUUCAGCUCGUUCAGCAGAACUGUCUCAGGUGCAGGAAGCUCUUUCAAGUGCCAAAGCAAAUGAAGAAAAACUGCAAGUAGAUCUUCAAUCUAUGCAAGAAGAAAAUCUCAUGCUUAAGCAGAGCAAAAGUCAGCUUUUGCAAGAGGUGGAGGGCUGGAGUGAGCGACACAGUGAGCUUAAUGAGCAGAUCAAACUCUGUCAGAAAGCUCAGAGAAACCUGGAGGAAAUGUUGGCUUACAAGGACAAUGAAAUUGAGGUAUUGACAGACUGCGUGAUGCAGCUUAGGCAGCUUGACGUCGAGUCUGACACUGAAGAUAAUGGGUGGGAUAAAGAAGUGGAUGGCGAAGUGGCUAAUGGCGAGCUACCAGACAAAAGUAAAAGGAUAAAAAUGAAGAUUCAGCAAAUGAUGGAUGUUUCAAGGGUACAAACCACCUUGAAAAUCAUUGAAGAAGAAAAAGAUCAUUUCCAAGCCAAGCUGACAGAUGAAAUAAAAGCUAGGCAUGAACUCGAAGAGCAAAUUAAGCAGCUUGAACACCACUUUGUAGCGACUACAACAGAGAAGUCAAGGCUUGAGAAUGAGUAUAAAACCAUGCAACAGAAGUUGGAGAUCCUGUCUGAGCUCUACCACCAGAAGGAGAUGGCCCUGCAAAAGAGGUUGACUCAAGAAGAGUGUCAGCGUCAAGAGAAGGAACUGAAACUAUCUGCAGCUGAUGAAAAAGCACUCCAGGCUGUUGAGGAAGUGAAGAUGUACAAACAAAGAAUUCAGGAGAUGGAGGAAGAGCUACAUAAGACUGAGAGAUCUUUCAAAAAUCAGAUUGCUGCACAUGAGAAGAAGGCUCACGAAAACUGGCUGAGUGCACGUUCAGCUGAAAGAACGCUCACUGAAGAAAAGCGGGAGACUGCAAAUUUGAGGCAGAAGAUGAUUGAAUUGAGCCAGAAACUUUCCCAAGUCCAAAGACCUUCAAUAAUUAAGCCACUGCCAGGUAGACCUGAUUUUCACGGGCCCCCAGGAGCUCCCCCGCCCCUUGGGGCUGGGCGCAGAGGUCCACUUUCUCGUGACGGCUCCUAUGGGCCGUCUCCUGUGAGUGGUGGAGCACCUUCGCCACCAUUGAUGAUGGAGCUCCCUGUACGGCCUCCUUCAGUUAAUGCAGGCCGUGGCUUCCCACGAGAUCGGGGUGAUGGAGGAGUGAGAGUUCCUCCAGGGACUGUACCUCCCCGUGAAUGGAUUGGUCCUGACCGGUUGGGGCCAUCUUCUGAUCAAGGUUCACCCCCACCACAGUGGGACAGGAGACCAGGCCCAAUGGAUGGCUAUUCUGGUCCACGGAGACCACCUUCGGAAUCGGGUGUAAUGUCUGGACGGAUUUCUGGUCCGGGUGAAAUCCGUGGGCUUCCACCUAAUAGAGCAGAAUUGGGCCCAGGAGGGCCAGCACCAUUGGCAAGCGGGCCAAGGACAUCUUCACCAAAUUUGACCGAGUCUCCAAUGGCAAAUGCUAAUACUGUUCAGGCUGCACCAUCGUUUCCUGGAACACCUAUUAUGAAUUCACCAAUGGGUGGAAUACCUGUUCUUAGACCUCGACCUGGACCACAACCGUUAUCCAGAGGCACCUAUGGACCAGUCCCACUUGCACAAAACCAUUUAGUGCGUGUUCCAGCGCUCCGAGACUACCCUCCAGGCCCGUUCCUCCCUCCAGGCCCAUUCCCUCCACCAGGUCACAGACCUUUUCUUCCUGGGCCCUUGCUGCCGCCGCCACCACCACCACCUCAUGCUGUGAGAGACUUCCCACCUGGUCCCAGGGAAUAUCCCCAUGGACCAAGGAGCCUUCCUCCUGGUCCAACACCGCCCCCUGGCAGUAGAGAAUAUCCACCAGAACCAGACAACCGCUCAUGAUUUUAAAAGCAUUGAGGCAAGGCUUUCAACGUGACUGAUCACUCAUCUCAGGCAGUUGUACACUGUAAUGUAUGUCAAAAGUAUUCCAUUGCCCUAUAAGGAAUAAUGUCAGUAGCAAUGAUCUAAUUAGGACAAAAAUAUAGACUUCUGAAGAAUGCCAUCAUACUGCAUUAGUGGUUUUCACCCUUUGGGUGACAGGGUCAGAUGCAGUCAUUGGUUUAUAAUUCUUCAGCUGGGAAACUCUUGGAGUUUUAUAUGUUCCACUUUUGGAAAUGAAUACACGUUUGUGGAGAUUGUCAAAAAAGCAUAACUGCUGGUUACAGCCUUAAACUUCACUUGAAUUCUGUUUGUUGCAAGGUAGCCACUCUGCCAAUCAAAGGAGUUAAUUGUGCAAUAUUAGGGUGCCUGUGUCUCGUGUAGUGGUAUAAAUCUUCUGCUAAUCUGUGACCAGUGUUUUGAGGCCUUUUUGUUUUAAAUGGUAGGGAGAAUUUUUUCCCCCCCACCAUGGAAAUAUCAACUGAUGAGAGAGCUGCCUGAUUGAUGUAGUCAUGGCAAUGUAUUUGUAAUUUCAUUCAUAUUUCACGGAAUCAUCUGUUUGUCUCAGCCAGCCCCUGGUUUAGUUUGAUUUCUAUUAAAGGAAAAGCAAACAGGAAAAUGCUAUAUAAUUAAGGCCAGAUGUAACUUAUUUUACUAUUGAGAAAAUUUAUUAAUAAAGAUGAAAAUUACUGGGUUGUUAAUGAA